UAAAUAUAAACCAUAAUGAGAUGGGCAACUCUGAGCAUAUUCCAUUUUCAAAUUACUGCGAAGUUAGCUGCGAAAUUUUUAAGACAAAAUUCCGAUUUAUUUUACUCUAAGCUGCAUGUUAAACUAUACCGUUGGGAAUAUAUUCAAUUAUUAAUGUGUGCAAAUGGAGAAAACUUUUCAUCCAACUUCGAUCGCUGCAAGUUGAAUGACACACGUCUCUGGAGUCCUAGUGAAUUAGUAAGUAGCUGUCCCAAAGCGAAUGAUAACUAUGCCUGCAUUGUACUGAACCAAUCACUCCACUUGCCGACCGAUAUUGCAAAAAAUAUAUGGCAAAAUGCUAAAAUACGUUGUUUAGUAGAUGGUGGUGCAAAUUGUUGGAAAGAAUUUAUACACAAGUCAAAUGAAAGUCUAAAUUUUCCAGAAUAUAUAACAGGAGAUUUUGAUUCAAUUACGCAAGAAACAAGGAAAUAUUUUAAUUCUCCUUAUAUUAAGUACCAACAUACACCUGAUCAGAAUGAAACCGAUUUUACAAAAGCGGUGCUGUUUUUACAGCCCCAGUUGGAAGCAAAUGACAUUCAUAAGGUUAUUGUAUUUCAAGAAACAGCAGGACGUCUGGAUCACAUUAUGGCCAAUAUUAACACAUUACAUAAGCUCCAAAGCGAUAUUCUAAGUAUUUAUCUCUUGAGUAGUUCAUCUUUAAGCUGGUUACUUUUGCCGGGUAAACAUAAAAUUAUAGUUCCAAAGGAACUGGUCGACUGCCAACAUUGGUGUGCAUUAAUACCUAUUGGCAGUAAAGCGGAUAAAGUAACUACUACAGGAUUAAAGUGGAAUCUAACACAAUCUCCUUUGGAAUUCGGUUUUAUGGUAAGCACAUCAAACACAUAUGCAUCUAAAGAAGUUUGUGUGGAUACGGAUAGUAGCUUAAUUUGGUCUAUGGGAUUGUUCGCGGUGGACGAGCUAUAAUAGUACUUAUAUAAAAACAACCGUUAGUUUGUACUGUUUCUACUUAUGUUGAUAAUUGUUAUGUUUUAUAUAAGUUAAUGUAAUUAAUUGCCUUGACUUUGUUAAAAUAAUAUAUUUUUCUAUUUAAUGUAUGUAUAUAUGAAAUCUUCGAAAUAGUAGACUUACUCUUCAAAUGUAUUUUAAAACAAAUUAGUAAAUUACAAAAUGAUCUAGUGAUGUCAUGGGCGGCUUUAUACUUAUAAAUAGAUUUAUGCACAUAAAAAAUGCAAACACAAGUAGAAAUUUAGUUAAUAAAAAUCAUGAUUACAAUCAAUCAA